CAAAAUCAAAACAUUACUCAUCAAUCUGCGUUUUUUCUGCUGUGGUUUUCUUAUCACUGAAACAGCGACGAUUUUCUUUUGCGUUGUCCACGUCUAAUUUGAUUCUGAUAGAAACAAAAUUCCUAAUAUUUUGUGGAAACCUUUGAAAUUAGCAGGGAUAGUUGUGACCCCAGGAUGGACGAAGAUCUCCCGAGUGAAUUCGACCUGAUAGUGGUUGGAACGGGUCUGUCGGAAUCGAUAGUGGCUGCUGCCGCCAGUCGGAUUGGCAAAACGGUGCUACAUUUGGAUACCAAUGAGUUUUACGGUGGCUAUUGGUCCUCGUUCAAUUUGGACAGUUUGAGGAACUAUGCGGAGGAAUGUCGGUCGGUUGAAGGAGGAACUGAGGGAGCGAUCAAGAAAGGAACGGCUGUGACGAAGGUCAGCGAAGAGUGGUACAACUUUGAAGAACUGGGCGAUGUGGACGGAUGGAAUAGGGAGAAAAUCUUGGAACAGUUCCGUCGAUUCAAUGUGGAUCUGUCGCCGAAGUUGCUUUACUCUCGAGGAGCCAUGGUGGAGUUGUUGAUCUCGUCGAAUAUUUGUCGUUAUGCGGAGUUCCGUGCAGUGGACCGAGUUGCGACGAUCUGGAAUGGGAGGAUUAUGACGGUUCCAUGUUCGAGAUCCGACGUUUUUACCAGCAGAGAUGUGAAUGUAGUGGAGAAGCGCCUUUUGAUGAAGUUUCUGCAGAGUUGUGCCAACUGGGAGACGGAAGGGGGCGAACAUGAAGGACAAGAGGUGGAAGGAAAGACCUUUCUGGAGUACUUGAAGAAUCAAAAGCUAACGCCGAAUUUGAUCCAUUAUCUGCUGUACACGAUUGCAAUGGGGAAUGAUCACACCAGUUGCAGGGCAGGUUUAGAGGGAGUGAAGAAGUUUCUUCUGAGUUUGGGCCGCUAUGGAAACAGUCCUUUCCUGUUUCCAAUGUACGGAUGCGGAGAGAUUCCACAGUGCUUCUGCCGGCUUUGUGCAGUUUUCGGUGGUGUUUACUGUUUGAGUAAACCCAUUGGGGAAAUGAACUUCGCUGCGAAUGAGGGCGGAGUUGGAAGACGCUUCCAAUCGUUGAACUGCGGCAAACAGACUAUAGAGGCCAAGUCGUUGGUCGUUGGACAGGGAUAUGUGACGAAGAACAUAUUCGAAGAAGAAAAGGACGAGAAGAGAAAGCAGGCGCAUUGCGGGCACAUGGCCCGGGCAAUAUUCCUGACGAAUGUACCUUUGGGCGGGGCGUCCCAGAAUACUGGAGGAGGUGGCGUUUCACUUAUGAAACUACCGCCAGUCGAAGGGCACGAAGACGGAGCAACUAUAAUCCAGUUAUCGCACUUCAGUGGCACAUGCCCGAAAGACAUAUAUCUUAUCCACGUGACGGCCAAAUCAGUUAGCGGUGAACCAAAACUUGACCUCGAACCAUACGUGUCUCAGAUCUUCUCCAAAGAGUACGUCAAACCAGAAACACCCCCUGACGCGGAAGAGGCCCCAGAGAACACUGUUUCGACCAUCCUUUACGAGUUGUACUUCAACAUUCCGAGCUGUAUCGCGUGCCAACACCCCACGGGAUCCCUCCCCAAAGGAGUUCAUUUGGCGUGCGGCCCUUUGUACGAGCUGGACUUUGACGAGAGCAUAUCACGAGCGCGAGCGAUUUUCAAGGACAUUUAUCCGGACGAGGAGUUUCUGCCACGAGCUCCCGAUCCGGAGGAAAUCAUCAUCGGCGACGAAGACCAAGCGGACCAGGGUCAGGAAGUCGUUGCCAGCGCGGAGGAAAGCGACAAGGUGGAAAGCGCUCGGGAGUGCCAGGAGAAUGAUUCCUCACCGGAAACGUGCCCAACUCCGGUCGUUCCUGCAGGGACUGUCUCAGACGCGCAGGAGGCCAAAGAAGAUACAAUCGACAAUGCUGAGGAGUGCCUCGAGCAGAAAUAAACCUAACUAAGCAUAGUGCUUGCUUUUGCUUAAUAAUUUAUUCCAUCUGUGUUGUAAUUAUUGUUUAAUUCGUGUACGUGUAAAAUCGCAGCGCUUUUUAUUAUAACAUUUAGCAUCAUUAAUAAAUUACUACUCUCCUGCUUAAAGUGAA